CUACCGCGGCGUCUUCUGGGAAUUGCAGUCCCCGCUCCGCUCUGUCCCGUCACAGGAGUUUUGCCCUCUGUUCCCGGGUCCCUCAGGCGGCCACCCAGUGGGCACACUCCCAGGCGGCGCUCCAGCCCCGCGCUCCCUCCCUCUGCCUUUCUUUCAUUUCCAGCUGCCAACAUCCUGGAAGCUUUGAAGCUCAGGAAAGAAGAGAAAUCCAUUGAGAACAGUCUGUAAAGGGCAUCUCUUAUGCUGGGAGUCUGCAUGGCCUGGGCUGAAGAGGAGCCUGGACGUCUGUGAGAAUAAAUGCCCUCAGAGGCUACUCUCAGCCACUGGGCAUUUGAACAUGCAUUUUGGCUUGGAUAAUUCUGUUGUGGGGGCUUGUCAUCUGUAUUGUAAGAUGCUUCCCUAUAAGCAGCAUGCCUGGCCUCUACCCACUGGAUGCCAGAAGCACCCUCUACCCUCCAGGUUUUGACAACCACAGAUGUCUCCAGACCUUGCCAAAUGUCCUCUGGUCCGUAGUGCUAUCUACAUCCAGACAGUGGAAGGGAGAGAAAGAGAAAGAAGGUAUCCUAGGAAUACCUGUCUGCUUAGACGCUCUAGAAAAGCUCUGUGCAUCCUGCCACUGAGGACUCCGAAGAGGGAGCAGUCUUCUGAAAGGCAGGACAUUCCAAUUUACAUCCUCACCAGCAUCUGUUUGGGAGUGCUUCUCUCUCUGCAUUCUUGCCAACUAGACUUCAACUGUGAGGACAUGUCGUUCAGAUUUGGCCAACAUCUCAUCAAGCCCUCUGCGGUGUUUCUCAAAACAGAACUGUCCUUCGCUUUUGUGAAUAGGAAACCUGUGGUACCAGGACAUGUCCUCGUGUGCCCGCUGCGGCCAGUGGAGCGCUUCCGUGACCUGCGUACUGAUGAAGUGGCCGAUUUGUUUCAGGCGACCCAGAGAGUCGGGACAGUGGUGGAAAAACAUUUCCACGGGACCUCUGUCACUUUUUCCAUGCAGGAUGGCCCCGAAGCCGGACAGACUGUGAAGCACGUUCACGUCCAUGUUCUUCCCAGGAAGGCUGGAGACUUUCACCGGAAUGACAGCAUCUAUGAGGAGGUUUUGAGAGGUUCCUGUGAGCCAGGCCCUGGGCUGGGUGCAGGGACACAAGGCUCCAGAAACAUGACAAGGAAGAGGAGGACUCUCCUGCCUCUUGGAGAUCAGAGGAGGAAAUGGCAGCAGAAGCCGUAGCUCUACGGGUCUACUUUCAGUGACACAGGUCCCAAAUUCCAGCAAAAGAGCUAUUGCCAACCAGUUUGAAGACCCCCCUCCCCAAGAGGAACUGAAUCAGCAUGAAAAUGCAGUUUCUUCAUCUCACCAUCCUGCGACUUCAGCCUGCAUUCCUCAAACAAUGAUCCCGCACCUCGGUCACUCCAACCCCCUGAAAAUACGUAGACCUAAACGGCUCAGACAGGCAGAUUUGAGGUUUCCCCCUGUCUCCUUAUUCGGCAGCUUUAUGAUUAAACUUCCUUCUCUGCUACAACCCUGUAUCUCGGUGUAUUGACUUGCCAUGCAUUAGGCAACAAACCUGUUAUAGUUACUUUUUUAAAGGAAAUUCAAUCACUGGAUUGGUCCACCUGCUUAUUUCUUCCCUUUUCAAAAAAAUGUGUCCAAUAUUGAAUUUUUAUACAUUAAGUGGUUCACGAAACCCCUGAAAUGUGUUAAUAAGUAGGGCAAUUAUGAAAUAUUUGGACAUAGCUAGACUUUAAAAUUGUUAAUCUGAAGUUCAGAUAGACUUGGCCUUCCCCAGCUUUCGUGAUUAUUCCCUCAGCAGCAAGUUGGUUAGUUAGUCUCAGGCAGAGCAAGUUUAAAGACAUUCGUGGUGCUCACUCUGCAAAACUGCACAAUUCUCAACAUGCACAGAGGCAGACAUGAUAGGGCUCAGCCCUGGAAUUGAUAACAGUAGCCAACACUUGCUAAGAAUUUGUAAGAUGUAGACUCUUAUUAUCCUGUCUUGCAAGUGAUGAGAAAACUAAGGCUUAGGGAUGUUAAGUAUUAGUUCAGGGCCAAUGGUAAGUGGCAAAGCUCAGAUUUGAACCCAGGCAGUCCCACCCUAAAGGCCAUUCUCUUAGUCUGUGUACUGCCCUCUUUGCUAAAAGAGCUCACCUCUCUAGCUACUUCCUUCUCCCUGUCCCAUCUCUCCUUGUACCCUCCAAAUAGUCUUUUUAGCCUCUUCAUCUUAUCUACUGGCCUAUUUCGGCCUUGAGGACCUCCUACCUCCUCGCCUGCUGGACUUCCUUACCUGCCUUGUUAAUAAAUACAACCCUGUCCAGCACCUGCCUCCCUGGUUGCACUACAGCCGGGUAGCAGAAACCAAAAUGGGUCUGGAUUCCCCAACCAACUUUGUUCUACUUGCAAGUUUUUCAGAUCAUGCUGAAUCCUGCCUAGGCUGCCCUCCCUCUUUCUUUUCUUUACCAUCUGACCACAUGUCUAAAUAAACAUGACUUGGGCGAA